AUGGCCGAUUCAGAUGAAGAGUACAUUGGGGGGAUCUCGGAAGAUGAAGGGGAUCACAAUAUCGUCUCAGGGUCUCGAGGAGAUGCCGGUCAGGCUUCGAGACGAAAGAAACAGAGAGGUGGAGCAGAGUGGGAGGUCUCGCGAACAUGGGAGACCUUAGUUGAAGGCGCAGAUGGCACAAUCAGCUCGACGGUGGAAGGACUUCUCGAGGCUAGUAAGAGGAAGAGGCUUCUCAAAGACACAACGCCGUUGCAGCGCGGGAUUAUACGCCAUGUCGUAUUGAUUCUAGAUUUAUCACAGUCUAUGAUGGAGAAGGACUUACGUCCAACACGAUAUCUUCUCACACUACGGUACGCACAAGAGUUUGUGCGGGAGUUCUUCGAGCAGAACCCCAUAUCGCAAAUCGGCGUUUUGGGUCUGAGAGACGGUCUGGCUAUCCGAGUAAGUGAUAUGAGUGGGAAUCCUACGGAGCACAUCAGUGCAAUCCAAGACCUGAGAAGCCAGGAUCCCAAGGGUCUUCCCAGUUUGCAAAAUGGACUUGAAAUGGCUCGAGGUGCUUUGUUUCACACCCCAAGCCACGGCACUCGCGAAGUACUCGUUAUCUUUGGCUCUCUCCUUUCCUCCGACCCCGGUGACAUUCACCAGACUAUAGCUACACUCAUCAACGAUAAGAUCCGUGUUAGAAUUGUCGGCCUCGCAGCCCAAGUAGCAAUCUGCAGGGAACUAUGUUCGAAGACAAACGGCGGCGAUGAUACCACCUACGGCGUAGCUCUCAACGAGCAACACUUCCGAGAACUAGUGAUGGACGUAACAACACCACCAGCCACAUACUCCCAAAAACAGUCCACGAACUCCCUUUUGAUGAUGGGCUUCCCAUCCCGUACCAUUGAAACAUUCCCCUCUCUCUGCGCCUGCCACUCUAAACCCUCCUGUGGAGGCUAUCUCUGCUCACGAUGUAACAGCAAGGUUUGCGGCCUUCCUGCCGAAUGCCCUUCCUGCAGCCUAACUCUAAUCCUAUCAACUCACCUGGCUCGAUCUUACCACCACUUGUUCCCCCUGAUGAACUGGGUGGAGGUUCCAUGGCAACGUGCCUCACGCAGCACGGCCUGCUUUGCCUGUGGUAUGCAUUUCCCUGCGGUGCCUCCCAAGGAGCAAUGGCACACAACAGAGAGUAUAGCGAAGGGAAUGAGCGUGAGCAGUCGCUACGAAUGCACGGUAUGCAAAAACCACUUCUGCAUUGACUGUGAUCUUUUUGCGCAUGAAAUUAUGCAUAAUUGUCCUGGCUGUCAAAGCCAGAUAACAUCUGCACCACAGGCCGGUGUUUCCAACGGUCGAGAUGGGUUAGACCAAAUGGAUACUUCGGUAUAG